CGAGGUUCCGUAUGUGCAACCUUAAUAAUAUUCCCUGAGAUUUAGAUAUGUCUAUGUAACUAGCAAGCAGGUCACGAGUCUGUUCAUCUGCUGAAGAUGGAUCAAUAUGGGAGAUAUGAAAGCAGUGGUCAGCCAGAAGAGCUUUUUGAUCCCUCACUGCAUUGGAGGCAAGUCAAAGAGGAAGCUGAUGAACUCCAGAUUUCAACUGUGCCAUUAAGAGUUGAAACAUCCCAGGUUUGUCAAAAUGAGGACCCGGAUGAACAAGAUACCUCCUUUGAUCCACUUUCAGUCAUCCAUCGAGUCACAGAGCAAGAGUGUGGACAUAAAAGCAUGACUUACCUCAAAGUAAGGGUGCUGCCUUCUCCAGUCCCAGUCAAAGAGGAGUCUGAAGAAUGCUCCCUUCUGCCAGUAGAUGAAGAGAAAGUUGCCUUAAUUACAGUUAAGGAAGAAGAGAAUGAAGACUGGUUGAAGUCAGAAGAUGAGGAUGUUGUGAAAGUGCCAGUGCCUUGGGAACCGUUGGAAACAUCAUCAUCAUGCUCAGAUACAGAGGAUACAGAGGACAGUGAGAUGGAAAGUGAUAAUGUGCAGGACUGUGAAAACAAUGAGCAUGAUGAUUCAGGAGCAUUGAAGAUUGAAAAUUGCAGCAAGACAUCAUUGGAUCCAGGGAUGACACUAGAUACAGAUGAGAAAGCUAAUGCUGCUGAUUUCAGUGACUCUAAAAAGGGGUCCUCCUCCUUCUACCCAUGCCCUCAUUGUACGCUCGGUUUCACCAUAGAACGCUUUUUUCACGGGCAUCUCAAGAGGGCCCACCCUGAAGAGUACAUCACUCUGCUAAAGUUUCGGAAAAUCAUAGCAACCCAAGCCACGUGCCCACAAUGUGGCAAGAGCUUCUCCAAUAAAUAUGUUAUGAAAACACAUCAGAAGAGUCACACAGGAGAGAAACCAUAUCACUGUGCAGACUGUGGGAAUAACUACGUCUUCGCUGAUUCACUCAAAAAACACAGAUGUGGGAAAGGAUUACGAAGACAAACCCAUCUGACCAGCUAUGAAAUGAUCCCCACAGUAGAGAGACCAUAUACAUGCGUUCAGUGUGGGAAAGGAUAUAGAUUUCAAACCCAACUGACUUGCCAUGAAAAGAGCCACACAGGAGAGAGACCAUAUAAAUGCUCUCAGUGUGGAAAAGAAUACAGAAGACCAGCCCAUCUAAAAAGACAUCAAAUGACCCACACUGAAGAGAGGCCAUUUGAUUGCCUCAGGUGUAAGAAGUCAUUCUACCGGCCGGAAACUCUAAAAGCACACCAGAAAACCCAUACAGGAGAAAAGCCUUAUCGGUGCUCUCUGUGUGACAAAUGUUUUGGCUUUUCCAGAGACCUUAAGAGACAUCAGUUGACACAUACAAGGGAGACCCACACUGGACAGAGGUCCUAUGAUGUCCACGAGUGUAAGAAGUCCUCCGGCCAGCUGGAAAUUCUCAAUUCACACCAGAAAACACACAAAGUAGAAAAGCCUAAGCCUUAUCAGUGCUCUGUGUCAAACAUGUUUGGGCUUUUCCAGAGAUCUUAG